GACGCCAGCGUUGUGUACAGUUGGGAGUCGGACUAGUGAAAUAUGAACAGAAGACUGCUGCCUCAGGGAGCCCCUAAUAUCAUGGAUGAUAUUAAAAAUCUCGUGUUUUAUUCAGUGCGUUUUUGGAACUGAUAAAAGGACACGCCAAGCGUUGUAAUAAUUUUACAAUUGGCAGUUGAUUUAUUUUCUACUUUCCGUCUUUGGUAAUCUAUCGUUUGGAAAUAAUGUGGUUAAACCCAGAAGAAGUUUUACUGAAAAACGCACUGAAGCUAUGGGUUACCGAGAAAUCCAACAAUUUCUUCCUUUUGCAGCGUAGACGGGGGCAUGGGGAUUCCGCGGGGAAAAUCACAGGUCUGCUGGUGGGGGCUCUGGACACGGUUCUGGACUCCAACGCCCGCGUCACCCCCUUCCGUAUCCUCCUGCAGGUGCCUGGCUCGCAGGUCAGCUGGGUCAUCGCCAGCGGAGCUGCUCUGGAGGAGGUGAACAGACACUGGGACUGGUUGGUCUACAACCUUCUUCGCUCCCUCUCUGUGUUUGAGAACAAGGAGGACCUCACCAACUUUGUCAAAGGGAAGGUCAAGGGUCUAAUAGCUGAGGAGGUAAGGGGCAGGCAGGCAGCCCAGGAGGACGACCCAGAGAAGUUCAGGGAGGCUCUGCAGAAGUUCAAGCUGCACUUCGGCCUUCCGUCGUCUGAGAAGCUGGUGAUCCACUACUCCUGCUGCUGUUGGAAGAGACACGUCCCCAGGCAGGGCUGGCUCUACCUCAGCAUCAACCACAUGGCAUUCUACUCAUUCCUGCUGGGCAAGGAAGUGAAGUUUGUGAUCCCGUGGGCGGAGGUGACGAGGCUGGAGCGGGUCGCCACAGGCCUGAUGACAGACGUGGUGAGGGUUAGCACGCGGCAGCGCCAGCGAGACUUCUCCAUGUUCCUGAGUCUGGACGAGACCUUCCACAUCAUCACCCAGCUGGCCGACAUCGCCCUGCGCCGCCUGCUGGACAGCGGAGGCCUGGAGCUGGACCGCGUCCUGCAGCAGCCCGCACGCAUCACCAAGAGGGUCCUGGAGGAGCAGGCACUGAGGGAGUAUGUGCUGGCUUUCUUCAGACUGCCCAGAGGGGAACACCUCCAGGAGGUGGCCCCCUGCUCGGUGUGGACGCCCCACUCACGCUGCCACACGGCGGGGACCCUCUACUGCACCGACAGCUACCUGGCCUUCGCCAGCCGGGAAGAGGGGCUCUGUUCACUCCUCAUCCCCCUCUCGGAGGUGAUCUCCAUAGAGAAGGCAGAGAGCACCGCCUCGCUGCCAGAUCCAGUGAUUGUGAGCGUGCGGAGCAAGAAGGCCUUCCAGCUGAUCGACCUCCAGGGGAGGGUUGUGCUGGUGGACAGCCUGACCACGCGCCUCCGGGCCCUGCAGUGGAAAUACGCCAUGUUCCGGAGCAAGGGCAACAGCAAGAGAGCUCUGAGCUCUCCGGCCCCCUACUACACCUUCUACUACGACACGAUGUAUUCCGACGGAGAGGAGAUUGAGGACAAGGCCCUGCGGCACUCCCUCAACCAGGACGCUCUCAUUGCCUUCCACAAUGCUCAGCCCGACUCUGAGUCCUCUAACAACAAGGCCACGGUGGAGCAGGUGAAGGAGCGUUUGUGGGAAGACCACUUCUCUGAGUACGGACGAGGGGUCCACAUGUUCCGCACCGAGAAAAUCCAGAAACUGGUUGCCAUGGGGAUCCCUGAGUCGCUACGGGGGGAGCUGUGGAUGACCUUUUCGGAUGCGUCCUCGGAGCUGGCGGCCCACCCGGACUACUACUCUCGGCUGGUGCAGGAGAGCUCAGGCCGCAACAACCUUGCCACUGACGAGAUCGAGAGAGACCUGCACCGCUCGCUCCCCGACCACCCGGCCUUCCAGAAGGACACGGGCAUCUCUGCCCUGCGCCGAGUCCUCACAGCCUACGCCCACCGCAACCCCAAGAUCGGCUACUGCCAGUCCAUGAACAUCCUGGCGUCGGUGCUGCUGCUGUACACUAAAGAGGAGGAGUCCUUCUGGCUGCUGGUGGCCGUGUGUGAGAGGAUGCUGCCGGACUACUUCACCCGCAGGGUCAUAGGCGCCCAGAUCGACCAGUCUGUGUUUGAGGAGCUGAUCAGGGCUCGUCUCUCGGAGCUGGCGGAGCACAUCCCGGACCUGUCCCCCCUGUCGUCCGUGUCGCUCUCCUGGUUCCUCACGCUGUUCCUCAGCGUGCUGCCCUUCCGCAGUGCCGUCUGCGUGGUCGACUGCUUCUUCUUCCACGGGAUCAAAGCCAUCUUCCAGCUGGGCCUGGCCGUGCUCGACGCCAACGCCGACGCCCUCUGUGCCAGCCUGGACGACGGACAGGCACUCAUGAUUCUUACCGGCUUCCUGGAGCAGGUGAGACAUGAUGAGGAACGCUCCCCCCCUCCUCCUCCCUCCCAGUCUGGGGAGGACGGCACCGUCCACCCUCAGAUCACCGACCUCAUCACAGACUCCUACGAGAAGUUUGGUGACCUGACGGUGAGACAGAUAGAGAGGCUUCGCUGCAGAAACCGGAUCCAGGUGCUGCAAGCCCACGAAGACACCACCAAGGAGAACGCUCUGAGAUUGGUGGUUCCGGAAGUGUCUCUCUCCCCAGAGGAUCUCUCUGAUGUCUACGACCUCUUUAAGACGGAGCACUUCAUCAGCCUGUACUGGGGGACGGCAGCGCCGAGGUGGCCCUGCAGCAACACGACCCGGCCCCGGCCCUACCAGGACCAGUACCGGCUGGACCGGGCCCAGUUCAAGAGCCUGUACGGGCUCCUGGUGCCCUGGCUGUGUGGGGUCCACACCGACACGGUGGCCAACCGCACCUUCACCCUGCUGGACCAGGACAGAGACGCCCUCCUCACCUUCCGCGAGUUCUCCGGCUGGCUCAAUAUUUUAUACUGCGAGGAGCUGAGUGAGAAGAUGAGGCUGCUGUAUCGUUUGCACAUACCCCCAGCUCUGACAGAGAAUGAAGAUGUGCCAUCUCCGAUGAAGAGCCCCAUGCUGUCCACCACCAGGCCUCUGUAUAUGGACCUGCCGACGGGUGAGAUGAAAGGCUACCAGGAGCAGUUGAAGCAGAUGUUGAGGGACCUGGCCAAAGAGAAGGAGAAAACCCUGGAGAAGCCCCUCCCCCUGAUGAACCAGAGAGAGUUCAUACAGUUUUGUAAGACCGUCUCCAGCAUGUUCCACGGCCACCCCGACGAGAACGAGCUGUUCCAGGGAAUCGCCACGGUGACCAGCCUGGUGCUGCAGAUCGGCGAGGCUGGCCAUCGAGGCCGCUGCUCCGGGUCAGACAUGAGCAGCGAGGGCGGGGCCAGAGAGGGUGGGGGCGGGGCCAGAGAGGGGCUGGAGGACAGUGGCGACGGCUCCGAGGACUCUCCUGUCUUCAGCUCCAGAGAGGAGGAGGAGGAGAGCCUGACGGAGCCAGGCAGCGAGUGGACAGUCAGCUUCGCUCAGAUCCUCGCCUCCAUGCUGACCGAGCAGAUGCUGGUGAACUUCUUCGAGGCGCCGGUGGAUCUCCCGGCCAAGGUGGUGGCAGCCAAGGUGAAGCAGUACCACCAACGCGCCGGUCUGCUCAUGCUCGAGCACAGGCUCAGCUGAUGUGGACGGGAGCGGAGACUGAAUCUGCUCAAGCAACCAGUCAGGAGAGCUGUAGGUCAGGCCCUGCCUCCGGGAGGCUGUACUGUGGAGGGGGGGGGAGGGGAGGGGGGGGGAGGGGGUGUCGAGCACAAGACCCGGAUGUACCAGAUGAGAAACAGGGCCUUCUCUUCUUUUUUUAACUCUGUAAAACCUGGGAUUUCUAAUUUAGAAACAACGCGCAAUAAUCAGUGCAAGAGUAGGUGGAGUACUUAUCCAAGCAUAUUUACUGUGAGUUUUACGUUUCGUGAUGCACUACAUGGAAUCCUACAUUAAAGAAGGGAUCUUAUUUUAUCUUCAGAUUAGGGUUCAUGAGCAAGUAUUAUUUUUGUCAUACCCUUGCCUUGUCGAAUGGGAACAAACCAAUCUUUUUUUUUUAUAGGCAUAACCUCCCAAGUGUCUUACGUUAGCCUGCGGUCUUCUGACCAAAGAACCCAGUUGGCUAGUCUUUAACUUAGUUGAAAUGUACAAAGGAGUCAACUAGUUAGUGCCUCAACACAAUAGGCUUAUAAUUAUUAGACAUAAGCAGUGCAUCAGCCAAUGAUACUGUAUCUAAUGUAUUGUCCUGACUGUAUUUCAUAAUUUCAAACAUACCUAUAUCUCUUAAACCAUUGAAGCCUUAAAUGUGACCAGUACUAUGAAGAGCGAUAAUGAACUUCCUGUCAUAGUUUGGGUGACACUUUACACAAUCAACUGUGCCUGGUCUGUCAUGAGCCAGACUCAGAUCUGCUGUGAUGAAUGAUGUUGACUAUUGAACAAGUGCAGUAGUCCAGUUAUGACUUCACCAUGUGACUUAAAGUACACUGCGAUUGACCAAAUACACGUUAAGAGUGUUUACCUUUGUUUUGAUCUUUUAAAAACACAAUCUAUACAUUUCAUUUUAUGGUUUACAUGUUUUAUCAUUAAAUAUUCAAGCC